AUGCCCAUCGCCCCUGACCCCGACCCCGCCUCUCCCGCGCUGGCGCUGACCAGCGCCUCCCAUCGCCGCCCGACGGCGACGGCCUUCCCCGACGCGCCCGACCCGCCGGCCAUGGAGGCCCCGUGCGCCCGCGGCCUCACCUCAAGCAGGACCGCCCCGCCGCUCGACGCCUGGAACCGAACCACCCCGCCGCCCCGGUCGCGCUGGAUCCUCGCCGCCCGGAGCUCGACGCGCCUCCGCCUUCGACGGACUGCCUCCUCCUCGUCACCGUCGCCCCCGACCUCGCUGCCUCAAGCACCACCACGAGCCGCUGCCAUCCCCUUCUGGCUCACUGUGAGCCCCGCGCCCUCCUCUUUCCCCUGUGCUCCGGCCUCCCCUCCCCUAGCUCGUUCACCACUGUCGCCCGCGUCGUUCCCCCCCGCCACGCCCGGCGCGUGCUUGUACGCGCUCCCGCGCGCUGGCCGCGCCCAGCGCCUCACCCCGCUGAGGCCUCUCCGCCGCGCCCUGGCGCCGCACCGCCGUGGCGUCACCGCUGUCGCCUCCGGCGACCGGCCUCGCCGUAACCUGCUGUCGCCGGUGCCCCUCUGGUGGCCACGGGCCUGCGUGCCCGCACCCGCGCCCAAAACCACUAUGGCCCCCUGGGGCCUAUGA